AUGAAAGACAAUGAGAAGGAGAGACAUUCUAUGUCCUCUAAUCAACUGCCCACUCUUCUGGGCAGUGCUACUGCUGGUAUGAUUGGUCGUUUCUUUUGUCAUCCAUUGGAUACAAUUAAAGCGCGAUUACAAGCUAAUUCGACCUUACGCCCGUCUCAAACUAUCAUGUCUCAGCUUCAUCUCCAAGCAGCAUUUAAUUUAACACACUGGAAAGGAUUAUAUCGAGGUAUUGGAGUGAGCCUAUUAGGUUCAGCACCAGCAACUUGUCUCUACAUGACGUCAUAUGAAAUGUCAAAAAAGACGCUCGUCGGAAUUGAAAGUUUUCGUCAACAUCCAUCAUUCUUGUAUCUAGGAGCAGGAAUGAUAGCCGAGGCAUUCAGUUGUGUACUAUGGGUGCCCAUUGACGUGAUCAAGGAACGCAUGCAGGUCCAAGUACCGCCACAAGAUGCAUCAAAAAAUAUGCGGAAAACCUACUACCGCAAUACACUUGAUGCUGUACAAACGAUUGCACGCACAGAGCGCCUUGGUGGUCUUUACAAGGGGUACUUUGCUACACUCUUUUCUUUUGGACCAUUCUCGGCACUCUACUUUAUGUUUUACGAAAACGCCAAGGCGUUUGCACAAAAGCAACUCGACCUACAGGAGCUGCCAGCGCAUUACACGCUUGGAAGCGCCGCGGUUGCAGGUGCCAUGGCAUCGUUCCUUACCAACCCAUUGGACCUCAUUAAACUACGACUUCAGGUUCAACGUGUAUACACAAUAGAAGAAGCUCCCACAGCUUAUCAUGGAAUCGUCGACGGCCUCACACGAGUGAUCAGAACGGAAGGCGUGUUGGCAUUAUACAAAGGAGCCGGAGCGCGCGUCGCAUUCCAUGCCCCAUCCACCGCUAUCACAAUGUCUCUUUUCGAAAGCUGCCGACAGGUCUUUGCCUCUCUUCUCAAUGCAUCAUGA